AUGGCAAAUCUUCCUCAAAAAAGGUUUGAAAAUGUGCGUGCAUUCUUGAAUGUUGGUGUUGAUUAUGCCGGACCCUUUGAUUUUAAAGAAGGUUCAAGAAGAAAGGCUCCCAUAUCAAAAGGAUACAUUGUCAUAAUCGUUUGCUUAGCCACAAAAGCAGUUCAUUUAGAGUUCGCUACUAGCCUAUCAACUGCCUCAUUCCUUGCUGCAUUUGACCGAUUUGUAGCGCGCAGAGGACUGUGCAAAACAAUAUACAGCGACUGUGGAACCAACUUCCAAGGUGCUUCGAACCACUACUUACGUGUUCAACAAUUCCUCAAAGAAAAUAAUGAACAUUUCACUCAUCAGCUCAGCAAAAAGGAAAUUAAGUGGAUUUUCAUCCCCCCUGCUGCACCUCACUUUGGAGGAAUUUGGGAGGCUGCAGUUAAGUCAACCAAACGUCAUCUCUCCAGAAUCUUAGUAAAUCUGAGUCUAACGUACGAAGAAAUGUCUACACUUCUCUACCGCAUCGAAGCCGUUCUCAACAGCCGUCCUCUUGGAUCAAUGACGACCGACCCCAACGAUGGAGAUUACCUCAGCCCAGGACACUUCUUAGUAGGUGCCCCACUCAUCUCACCUCCAGAACAUGACUACACCGAUACGCCAAUGAAUAGGCUUACAAGAUACGAGCUUCUUCAACAGGCCACACAAGCUUUCUGGAAGGCCUGGUCCAGAGAUUACCUCCAUACCCUGAUCCAGCUAAACAAAUGGACAACCACUCAACCCAAUAUCAACAUUGGUGAUAUAGUUUAUCUUCAGUUGAAAAACACUAGUCCGUUAGAAUGGCCCAUCGGUAGGGUUGAAAUUAGGGCGGGCGCGCACUAUCCCGACCACGACCACGACCACGACUCCGACUGGUCGGAUACGACCAGUUUUAUAAUAGGAAUAAAUGGAACAGCGCGCACUGGUCGACUGGUCGGACCCUGGUCGGUCCCUGGUCGCACGACCAAAAUUUUCCAGUUUGGUCGGGCCCGACCCGCUGGUCGUUGCAGCCAAAAAUAG